UCUAGCGGCGACGUCGCGCAGUGACUGCGCUACGUCAUACAUAAUAAGGAAGUAGCGGCCAAACAAACAACACGAGUACAGGUGCUCCAUGGAGACAUAUACACUCCUGAGAGUCAUCGGUGAAGGAUCUUUCGGCAGGGCUUUGUUAGUCCACUGUAAAAGCAAUCAGGAGAAGUAUGUGGUCAAGGAAAUCCAGCUGCCAAAGAACCAGUCCAAAUUGGAGAUUUCAAGGAGAGAAGCCAUCCUGCUGUCCAGAAUGAAACAUCCUAAUAUUGUGGCCUUCAGGGAGGCAUUUGAAGCUGAUGACCUCCUGUGUAUUGUCAUGGAGUACUGCAGUGGAGGAGACCUGCUGCAGAGGAUCCAGCAACAGAAGAAUACACAGUUUUGUAUUGAUGAUAUCUUGAGGUGGUUUGCUCAGAUGUGUGCAGGUGCAAAGCAUAUCCAUGAUAAACGGGUAUUGCACAGAGAUCUGAAGUCCAAGAACAUUUUCCUGGCAGAGAAUGGGACAGUCAAGCUUGGGGACUUUGGCUCAGCAUGUAUUCUGAACAGCUCAAAGGCUUACGCUCACACUUAUGUUGGGACGCCAUAUUAUGUGGCUCCAGAAAUCUGGGACAACAAGCCGUACAACAAUAAAAGUGAUGUGUGGUCUUUGGGCUGUGUUCUCUAUGAGCUCUGCACCCUGCGACACCCGUUCCAGGCAUCCAGCUGGAAGAGCCUGAUUCUUAAGGUGUGCCGGGGCGCGUACCCUCCCCUCCCCAGCCACCUGCCCUACGAGCUGCAGUAUUUGGUCAAGCAGAUGUUCAGGACAAACCCAAAAGACAGGCCGUCCCUGCACACCAUCCUGACCUCUCACCGCGUUUCGAAACUCCUGCGCUCACAUUUGCCCUCUGAGGUAAAAACAGCGACUGUCACCACGCAGGAGACACUCGCUCCUGGGCCUGAAGUGAUUUUAUGGCCACCCAUCUAUCAGAACGACAUACUGUCAGGACAUAGUGUCAAAGUGAUAGAGACGGAGGAGCAGGGGAGGCGCAUGGGUCGAUGGAACAUAGAAGAGGGGAAGAAGGUGGCUAAUCUUCUGGGAGAGAAGAGUUUAAUAAAAUUGUCAACAUUUGAAGGCAUGGAGUCAGCUGAAGGUCACUGUGAAAACAGGGAGCCUGGCCAUCGAAAGCAGUGGGCGGCUGCGCCAUCAGACACUGUGCUGCAGAUGUUGGCCAAUGCCAGCCUCGUCUCAUCCGACAGCAUGGCAUCAACCAGCCAGACCCUCAUAGGCUCUGCUCAUGCAAAUGUGCCAGAGGAACCAGAGGAGAGCAGGCAGAGGAGGCAGUGGGUGAGGGAUCCUCCCGAGAGGCUACUGAGUCUGUUGGAGAAGGCCCGGCUGAGCAGAGCCUUCAGCACCUUUUUAAUAAACAGAGGAGGAGACGACCUGCUAGUGGGACCCCUCUCCCAGCCGCAGGGUGACGACACUGACGGUCCAGAGCUGGAAGUGGCUGUAGACGAGGACCGGCUGGAGCCACGCUCUGAUGAUGAGGACACAGACUUUGAGGAAGAAUCUCCAUGUGACUGGAUAGAUGAAGUUGAAAAAAUGUUUUCAGAACACUAAAGCCUCAUUCCCUCUCAACCUACACAUUCACAAGGCUGCCAUUAUUAAUGUAUAUGUUUGUUUAAAACGGUUUCCACAUGGUAAAAAUAAUUUUACUUGAUGUAUGUCAGACCAGUUAUUGGUCUUAUAGAUGAGGACCAAUUUUUCUAGUAGGUUAUAUCCAAGUUUACAAAAUUCUAGUUAAGCUCAGACACUAAGAGUGAGACAGUAAGUUUUUUAUUAUAUUGGAUGUUUCAAGCUCUUGAUCACAGUGCUGCAACAAAACACUAUAUUUGUACUGGAUCUCAGCUCAUUGUCACAAAACCUUUUUUUGUUUGUUUUACAUAAAGAUGCCUGGGAUGUGUC